AUGAGGGGCGUCCCAGCAAGCCCCCGCUCAGGUUCCCCCGAUCUCCUGCCGCGCCGACUCUCUGAAGAGCUCGGCGAUUUCUCAUUCUCCAGCGAUGAGUACGACCAGGAGAACGAAGGCGAGGACGAGGAUGAGAGCUGCACCGCAGUCGAAACUCCCAUCUCCUCUCCCAAGUCAUUACAAAGCCUAGUCAGCUUCUUCGAUGAGGUCAACCCCUACAAGCAGCAUCGACAGCUGCUGGACACAACAUCCGAGUCAGAACGCACCGAGAAGAAGAACACCAGCCGGCCUUCAACGGCCGUCUCCCUGCCGCCCUUCCGCCGCGCAUCCACCUGCCCUGUGCUUCCCGACGACUUUAUCUCGAGCGCUGCCGAGGAGGUUGUCAAGAUUAUGCCCGAUCAGGCCGAUUUCAUGAAACGCAUGGUUGAGGGCUGGAGGGAGAUCCAGCGCCGCUCAUCAGUGAGCGUCAUGUCUCCCACCCCGCCAGCGACCGCCCUUUCUCCCAGCACCGUGGCUUCGCCCAAGCGGCCUCACACGGCACCUUCGCCAUUUCAUCCGCCCCAAAUGUGUUUUGCAUCCUUUCCGCAGACCGUCCCGGAGAGAGAUGAGCCUGAUAGCCCCACUGAAUCGGUAGAAGGGGGCUUCUCUGGCAUGACGGAGAUGCUUGAAACCGUUGAGACGACGCUCGAUGACCUGCGAGAACUAGCCAAGCAGCAUGCGGGUGCGGCCAUUGCGUCAACCUCGGCGAACAUGGCGGAUCAGGAUGCAAAGUUCGCCGCCGUGAAUAAGUGCAUCGACACCAUAGGAAAGGUGUGCGAGAGGACGCCAGAGCCGGAUUUGGAUACGCAAUUUCACAGGGACAAGCUCGAUGAACGGUGUGUGCAGGCACUUGUCCAGAUUUGCGAAAUGUUUGCGCGCGAAAGUGUCGAGCAGGACCAGUACCGGUUACGGUCCGGUUUCAUGACCGAGGAUAGUGAGGAUGAUGAUGUUGAAUACGAGGGCGAGGACGAAGACGAGGGCGAGGGCGAGAGUGAUCGUGAAAGCGAUUGGGUGGACGAAGACGACGACGACGACGACGACCCCGAGGAACUCCCGAUCGACUCGGAACCGACCGAGUACGAAUCAGGAGACUUCCUCGGGGGGCAACCGACGGUAGAAACGGACAAGACACUUCCCCCGCCAUCACCAACUCUGAGAUCAGCAACGCCCACUCGGCCGAGGACGGCAGAAUGGAGAAUCGAGGGGCCCGACACACCCCGCAGGCGCGCCCGGCUCGUCCGCGAGGCCAAGGCCGAGCUUGAGGCGCUCUUCUCCGAAUGGGCCGCACCACAGAACUCAUUCGAAGAGCGCCACUCCCGCAUCGUCUAUGCCACCGAGGCAUACCACCUACGUCUUGCCGACAUGGAGUCAGCCCACGAGUUUGAGUUCAAGUGGAAAGACGAGCUCAAAGCCUAUGACAAGGAGAUGGAGAACAGAGGCCCCUUUGGUCCUGGUCCCAAGGUAUGGGUCGUCGUCGAACUGGCCCUGCCCCUCGCUCAGCUCUGGCUGGCCCUGUUUCUCUUGGUGGUCGACUAUUUGAGGCUGGACAAGUGGAUUGCGAAACCAGAUUCCGUUUUCAUAUUUCUGACGGCCUGGGUGGCAAACGUGGUCGUCUUGGCGCGCCUUUUAGAAGUCUCUGCCAGGAAGGGCCUGUAUGAAACCAUGUUGCCUUUGGAAGCCAGGGAGAUGCGAAAGAAGCACGAGCGCGAGCUGGUGCUUCUGAAGGCGGCCCACGACCGCGCUGUUCAACGGAUGUAUCUCCCAGAACAGCAGCCAUAG